AUGUGCGGCGGCGCGAUACUGGCCGAUCUCAUCCCCUCGCGAGGGAGCAGCAGCUCGUGGCUCCGGCAGGAACAAGUCUCCCCCUCCGACCUGUGGCCCAGCUCCCCCUUGGCCGAGAAGCAGGUCCCGCGCCGCCGCCGCAAGGUGGAGAGGAAGAACCUCUACCGGGGGAUCCGCCGGCGGCCGUGGGGGAAGUGGGCGGCGGAAAUCAGAGACCCCAGGAAGGGCCUCCGCGUCUGGCUCGGUACCUACGACUCCGCCGAGGAGGCCGCUCGCGCCUACGACCGGGAAGCCCGCCGAAUCCGCGGCUGCAAGGCCAAAGUCAACUUCCCCAACGAGGAGAACGAAUCCUACAGCUACGUUGCGCCGCCGGUGAACGGCGGCGCCGCCGCUGACGCUGCCUUCUUCGAGUCCGCCGGCAGCCUACUUCCUCCCCAAGCGCCCGCUCCGCCGUUGGCGACGGCGGCGCCGCCUGCCGCAACUGCAGAGGAGCUGUCGGAGGAGCUGCAGGCCUUCGAGGCGUACAUGAGCUUCCUAGACAUCCCCUACAUGGAAGGCGGCGACGUCGGCAGCGAGCAGCGGUCGUCGAAUCUCGUCCCCAACGCAUGCAUGCAGGAAUCAUCAUUACAGCUGUGGAGCUUCGAUGACGUCCACUCCGUCACCUUCUAA